CUACAUAACUCACAUACAAGUUUGGAUAGUUUAUUCUCAGUUUGGCACUGUGAGUGCCUGUGGGUUUUCUGGCUUCUGUUGUUGGUGGCUUGUUAUCAGUAGACAGGAAAUGUAAGAGUGACCUUCUGCAGAUAUAUAUUUAAAUUGAGUUGAUUUUAGUUACAGAAAAGCGGAAGGUAAAGCAGUGAUGAAGUAGAAGGGUGGGAGCUUCUGUGAGAAUUGUUUUGCAACUUGCAGUUCACACAAGCAGAUAAGAAAAGAAUGCAUUAGCAGUGCUGUACAGUAUAUAUGAUAGCCCAGGGGUUUCGUUUUUUUCCGCUCUUUUGAUCACUGAAGUUGAAGCACUAAACUUCCUCUUGAAUCAUGCAGGCAAACAGAGGGGUCACAUUGAUUUUGCUGAGUCUAAUGACAAGACCGGGGAGCCCAAAGGAUGUACUGACUCUGCAGCCUAACUGGCCGCUGUUCUUCACUGGAGAGACCGUCAAUCUCAGGUGUUUGGGACGGCCAUACAAACAUCAUGGAUUCUCAUGGUACAGAAAUGAAUCAAAUAGUUGGGUGUAUAAGCACACAUCCCAUAACAACAUCUACAUCAUCACACCUGUUACUGAAGCCCACAGUGGUUUAUACAGGUGUUCUGCUGAAUCCACGAGUGAUCCUGUCAGACUGAACGUGUCAGCACUGCCUAAACCCACUCUGACGGUACAACCAAAAUGGCGCCCACUGUACAAUGAAGAGACCGUCACCCUGAGGUGUGAGGUGGACUCCGACAGCAACUGGAUAUAUUUCUGGUACAAAGACCAGGCCCAGAUGGCUGUGUCUCAGACUGCUGGUCACAGUGUAACUGGUAACAGACUCACCAUCCCUGGUGCUGCUGGGUCUGACCAGGGGCAGUACUGGUGUGAGGGGAGGCUGGAGGGGAGAAAAGUGACCUCACAGUGCAGCGACUCCAUCAAUCUGACUAUUGCAGCCCUGCCUAAAGCCACUCUGACUGUAGAGCCAAAAUGGCGCCCACUGUACAAUGGAGAGACCGUCACCCUGAGCUGUGAGGUGGACUCCUACAGCAGCUGGACAUAUUCCUGGUACAAAGACCAGGCCCAGAUGGCUGUGUCUCAGACUGCUGGUCACAGUGUAACUGGUAACAGACUCACCAUUCCUGGUGCUGCUGGGUCUGACCAGGGGCAGUACUGGUGUGAGGGAAGGCUGGAGGGGAGAAAAGUGACAUCACAGCGCAGCGACUCCAUCACUCUGACUGUUGCAGCCCUGCCUAAGGCCACUCUGAUCAUGAAGCCAAAAUGGCGCCUACUGUACAAUGGAGAAACCAUCACAAUGAGGUGUGAGGUGGACUCCUACAGCAACUGGACAUAUUUCUGGUACAGAGACCAUAACCAGACAGCCACAUCUCUCUCUAAAGAGUACAGUGUAAACAUCACUGGGGCUGCUGGAUCUCACCAGGGGCAGUACCGGUGUGAGGGGAGGCUGGAGGGGAGAAAUGUGACAUCACAGCGCAGCGACUCCAUCACUCUGACUGUUGCAGUGCUGAGUCUAAUGACAAGACUGGGGAGCCCAAAGGAUGUACUGACUCUGCAGCCUAACUGGCCCCUGUUCUUCACUGGAGAGACCGUCAGUCUCAGGUGUUCGGGACGGCCAUUCAAACAUCAUGGAUUCUCAUGGGUCAGAAUUGAAUCAAAUAUUUUUGUGACAAAGCACAUAUCCCAAGAAAACAUCUACACCAUCGCACCUGUUACUGAAGCCCACAGUGGUGUAUACAGGUGUUCUGGUGAAUCCGAAAGUGAUCCUGUCAGACUGAACGUGUCAGCACUGCCUAAAGCCACUCUGACUGUAGAGCCAAAAUGGCACCCACUGUACAAUGAAGAGACCAUCACCCUGAGGUGUGAGGUGGAAUCCUACAGCAACUGGACAUAUUCCUGGUACAAAGACCAGGCCCAGAUGGCUGUGUCUCAGACUGCUGGUCAGAGUGUAACUGGUAACAGACUCACCAUCCCUGGUGCUGCUGGGUCUGACCAGGGGCAGUACUGGUGUGAGGGGAGGCUGGAGGGGAGAAAAGUGACAUCACAGCGCAGCGACUCCAUCACUCUGACUUUUGCAGCCCUGCCUAAAGCCACUCUGACUGUAGAGCCAAAAUGGCGCCCACUGUACAAUGGAGAGACCGUCACCCUGAGUUGUGAGGUGGAAUCCUACAGCAACUGGACAUAUUCCUGGUACAAAGACCAGGCCCAGAUGGCUGUGUCUCAGACUGCUGGUCACAGUGUAACUGGUAACACACUCACCAUCCCUGGUGCUGCUGGGUCAGACCAGGGGCAGUACUGGUGUGAGGGGAGGCUGGAGGAGAGAAAUGUGACAUCACAGCGCAGCGACUCCAUCAAUCUGACUGUUGCAGCCCUGCCUAAAGCCACUCUGACUGUAGAGCCAAAAUGGCGCCCACUGUACAAUGGAGAGACCGUCACCCUGAGGUGUGAGGUGGACUACUACAGCAGCUGGACAUAUUCCUGGUACAAAGACCAGCCCCACAUGGCUGUGUCUCAGACUGCUGGCCACAGUGUAACUGGUAACAGACUCACCAUCCCUUGGACUGCUGGGUCAGACCAGGGGCAGUACUGGUGUGAGGGGAGGCUGGAGGAGAGAAAAGUGACAUCACAGCGCAGCGACUCCAUCAAUCUGACUGUUGCAGGUGAGUCUCAACCUAAAGCCACUCUGACUGUAGAGCCAAAAUGCCGCCCACUGUACAAUGGAGAGACCGUCACCCUGAGGUGUGAGGUGGAAUCCUACAGCAACUGGACAUAUUCCUGGUACAAAGACCAGGCCCAGAUGGCUGUGUCUCAGACUGCUUAUCACAGUGUGACUGGUAACAGACUCACCAUCCCUGGUUCUGCUGGGUCUGACCAGGGGCAGUACUGGUGUGAAGGGAGGCUGGAGGGGAGAAAAGUGACAUCACAGCGCAGCGACUCCAUCAAUCUGACUGUUGCAGCACUGCCUAAACCCACUCUGACUGUCGAGCCAAAAUGGUGCCCACUGUACAAUGGAGAGACCAUCACCCUGAGGUGUGAGGUGGAAUCCUACAGCAACUGGACAUAUUCCUGGUACAAAGACCAGGCCCAGAUGGCUGUGUCUCAGACUGCUGGUCACAGUGUAACUGGUAACAGACUCACCAUCCCUGGUGCUGCUGGAUCUGACCAGGGGCAGUACUGGUGUGAGGGGAGGCUGGAGGGGAGAAAAGUGACAUCACAGCACAGCGACUCCAUCACUCUGACUGUAGCCCUGCCUAAAGCCACUCUGACGGUAGAGCCAAAAUGGCGCCCACUGUACAAUGGAGAGACCGUCACCCUGAGUUGUGAGGUGGAAUCCUACAGCAACUGGAUAUAUUCCUGGUACAAAGACCAGGCCCAGAUGGCUGUGUCUCAGACUGCUGGUCAGAGUGUAACUGGUAACACACUCACCAUCCCUGGUGCUGCUGGGUCUGACCAGGGGCAGUACUGGUGUGAGGGGAGGCUGGAGGGGAGAAAUGUGACAUCACAGCGCAGCGACUCCAUCACUCUGACUGUAGCCCUGCCUAAGGCCACUCUGAUCGUGAAGUCAAAAUGGCGCCCACUGUACAAUGGAGAGACCGUCACCCUGAGGUGUGAGGUGGACUCCUACAGCAAGUGGACACAUUUCUGGUACAGAGACCAUAACCAGAUAGCCACAUCUCUCACUAAAGAGUACAGUGUAAACAUCACUGGGGCUGCUGGAUCUGACCAGGGGCAGUACUGGUGUGAGGGAAGGCUGGAGGGGAGUAAUGUGACAUCACAGCGCAGCGACUCCAUCACUCUGACUGUUGCAGGUAGACUGGUGUUCGGUCUGGGAGCUGCUCCUCUGCUGCUGGCCUCCAUUAUACUGUGUGUGAAAUGGUGCAGGAGACCAGGGUCGCCUAAUGAAGCAGCUGUCAAAUACACUGAAGAGAAUGUGGAAGUUGACUUAUAAAACCUUCACACAGAAGCUGGAUCAGUGUGCUCAUGUGGAAUAAAGAACAUUUGAGAGCUCAGGAUUAUUUUUCAAUGUGAUGUUUCUCAGCUUGCAGGAGGGGAAAUCCAGAUUGGGGGUGCAGUUAUGGGGACACUCAGUGAGUUUUGGGAAUGAAGCAGUCGUGCCUUUAGAGUGCAGGAUCUGUAUAAUAUAUCUGAGGUUCUGAUUCACCAGAGCUGCACUUGUGGUCUUUGUCCAAGUUAGUCUGCUUUCAUUCCUGUAUGUUGGUUUCAGGACCUACGUUGAACUUUAUAUAUUAUGUAGUGAACUCGCCGCAAGCUUACAUACAGCCUAAACAGCUGAGGCUCUGCAACAUACUCAACAUGCAUUUCAUGUGUCUGCUUUUAUUAGUAUUACAUUAAAUGAAAUUUAAAGUGUGUUCUUUUUUGUUCCUUCUUUAUUUUGUUAACAUAAGAAAUAAAUGAAAAAAAUAAACGUAUGUGUAAUGCAACAUCCCCAGUAGGUCAGUUAUACCCCCUUCCACUGUGGUGAACAACACAAUCUAAUCCAAGUGUGAGGAGGAGAAACCGAACAGGAAUGCUGAGCUGAAUGUGGACAGAGAAGCUGAGGGCUCGAUUGUUUUUAUUAUAUUAAUUUUAUAUAAUUACUGUUAAUACUUCUACUGUAAUAACAAUGUUACCAGUCAUAACUUUCUUGUGUUCAUUCUUCGUGGGGAUAAAUUGUGACAAACAUUAUAAUAUUAAUAAAUAAGUAGGCUAAAGCUGGCAUUUGUCUCUCUUGAUGCUA